GACAGAUUAGAUUUAACUUGUGCAAAAGGUUUUGAUUAUGAGAAUUCAGUAAAAAUUAUUAGUAGUUCCAAAAAUGAAAGUCAUAGUUUAUCAAACAUUAAAAAAUGUUCAACUGAAAUACCUAUGAAAAUUUUACAGGAUAUUGAUAAGAAAAAGGAAUUCUUAAACAAAACAUCAUUAUCAGUUUCUGAUGAUGAACCAAAAACUUUUGAUACUACAGCCUGUCCUGUAGAAAUAAAUGAAAAAGAAAGUUCAGGUUUGAAGCUAUUUACUCAGUGAGCAAUCUCAAAGUUAAAGUUGGUCAGAAAGUUUUACUUUACAUUCCUUAUGGUGCAGAGAGUGUUAAUGAUGUCCUAGCUGCUUCUUUUGUAUAUUUGCUAAGUUCCAAAGAAACAGUUCAAGCUGAAAAGUAUGGCUUAUCUGCAGAAGAAUUUGCACUUAACUUCUUGCAUGAUGUUCAUAUAAGUGAUCAUACUUGUCACUAUUUAUGCUUAGGUACGAACAGGGGUGUGUUGACUGAAGAAAAGUCUUUGAAACUAAAUAAUGCAUUUUUAGCUUGUUUGCACAUUGCAUUUCAAGUGAAAAGAAGAAUUGAAAAUAAAAAGAAAUUGUACAAUAAAAAAAAUAUUCGACUUUUAAAGAAAAACACCGCAUGUAUGUUGUCUGAUAAAAACACUCUUCUUGUAAAACAUACUUUUAUUAAUUUAACGAGUUGUGAGAAUACAGUGCCUAAUUUCGUGGAUUGUAAAAAUACAGCUUCCGUAAGUCAAUUGUCUAGUCCGAAAUCUAUUAGAAAUGACUCACCAAGUUACUCAUGUGCAUCUAAAAGCAAAAGUAGUUUUGGAAGUUGUAGUUCUUUUUUAACUUGUGAUGAUUCUAAUGAGGAUGCUACUGAGGAAAUGUAUUACUCCUGUGACUCUGUUUUUAGUCUUGAUUGGAACUCUCCAAAUAAAUGCUCAAUAAAGGAAUCUGUUUCAGUGGUGCCAAAUAAUACGGACUUGAGCAGCCAUUCUCAUUCCGCUCAUUCAUUUCUUUCAGAAUCCAAAGAAACUUCAGUUUCUGAAAACUGUGAUAAAUUGUUGGGUGCUGAAUAUAAAAGUAGCUUUUUAUCAGAUUCCAAAGAAACUUCAGUUUCUGAAAACUGUGAUAAAUUGUUGGGUGCUGAAUGUAAAAGCAGCCUUUUAUCAGAUUCUUCAACAGCAAUUGAAUCAGCACAAUAUGAAGAUUUUAGCAAUGACUGUGACAUAACUGAUUCAAAGUAUGAAAAAUCUGAGAAGUAUUUAAAGUUAAAAGAUGUGCCAAUUUUUAAACGUCAUAAAAAGAAAGCAACUGCAAAAUCUACUUAUAAAUACAGUUGCAAUAAAUGCCUCAAUUCUGUUAUUGUAAAGAAAGCUUUUGUUAGCCUGAUAACUGGAUCAAGCUUAAUUCUGAAUUUGAAAAUCAAAACACAUAAUGUUUUUCUGGGAUAUCCCGUGCAUCUUCUUCCAGAUGACGUCAAGCACAAAAUAAAACUGAAUUCUGUUGUAAAAAUAAUGUUUAUUCAGGAAAAUAUUUUGAGCUUAUCUCAUGUUUUAGCAUUACAAUUAGAUACUACGUAAAUAUUUUGUUUUGCUGCAUCAAUUUUACAAUUUAACGUCCAAUGUGAGUGUUAAUUAUAUUUUAUGUUUGAAGAAUUGCAAUAUGGCACCUUUA